UCCAUAUCUGCAAAAACAAUAGAUAUAUAUGAUUUCGGAAUCACUGGAAAAGUAACACGUGUGUAUAAUCCUUGUUGUUUAUAUUAUUUAUCGUGAUUUGCUGACAUCAAACAGUCUUUUUGCCGCAUGAUUUAUGAAAGUGUACAUAUUAAUCGACCUGCGUUAAAAGCACGAUGUUUGACCCUAUUUGCAAAAGAAGCAAAAAUAAAUAUAAAUUCGGAAUAACUCGAAAAGGAAAACUGCUUUUGUGAUUAAUCCUUGUUAUUCACCAUGUAAAUGUAUGCAUUUGGCUAAAUGUAUGCGCUGUAAGUUUCAAAAUUCGUGGAAAUUUGAGACAGAAGUGGAAUGUGGCGGCAUCCUUGUCCUACGGGCAUAUCUCUAACGUUAAUGUUUUGCGAAGUUAGACAAUUGGGCUAACAUAUCGGUAGAUGUUGAGAUGCGCUUAAUAUGCAAGUCUACCACAAAAUAACAUGGGUGAAGUAUAUUGGACUGUAUAGUUAAUAAUUUUGCUGAAUGCAAUGAGAAAUUGGAACGGCAUUAAAAUAUUGCAAUAAAGCUUAAAUUGAAAUUAACGCACUGAGGAAUUGGAUCGACAUUAAAAUAUUGCGACAAAGCUUAUAUUGAAAUUAACAACAAUGACAAGCAUGGAUAAUAGCAUAACAUGUUGUGACCGAGUAUGAAAACUUCACCAAUUCAUUUAUAUCGGCAUCAUGUCGCUUUCUUGAAUAUAAUAUAUACAUUAUGUUUGGAGCACAUUUUGACCAUUUGACAACUUCCGUAAUUAUAUUUUAGUAAAUAUUUCGGUACUGAUGCAUUGAAUUACACAGUUUAAAAUGUCGGUUAUUAUGUAUAUUAUUCUGUAUCAAACAUCAACUUUAUUCCAAAUUUCACUGCACGAAAUGCAAUAAAUUAGCUAAAAAAGGAAGAAAGACUAUAGCUAUUAUGCAAAUCUAGUCCGGAAGUAGUGAUUAGUCCUUAAAGUGUUUACAUAAAGAUAACGCCGUUCAACUCCAACAUAUGUCUGCCCGUGACGAAAACGAAAGAUAAGCUGUCCCACCAGGUCUUCAAUUCUAAUCUCGACUCAGUGCUCAACGUAAAAUGAAGUCAGCAUUUGUAUUCCUAAGUCUCUAUUUUAAGAGUUGCGUAGAACACAACCCUUGCCAGAAUGGAGGGACAUGCUACAUGGACGGGGAGCAUGCGAAGUGUCACUGUCCUCCAGAGUACAGGGGAAGUCAUUGUGACCAUUUAACAAGUUGCAACCACGACCCUUGCGAGAAUGGCGGGACCUGUCACGUCAGCGAAGAGGGCGUAGAAUGUCGAUGUCCUACGGGGUACCACGGGAAUCAUUGUGAACGUUCAACAAGUUGCAACCCCGACCCUUGCGAGAAUGGCGGGACCUGUCACGUCAGCGAAGAUGGCGUAAAAUGUCGAUGUCCUACGGGGUACCACGGGAAUCAUUGUGAACGUUCAACAAGUUGCAACCACAACCCUUGCGAGAAUGGCGGGACCUGUCACGUCAGCGAUGAGAGCGUAAAAUGUCGAUGUCCUACGGGGUACCACGGGAAUCAUUGUGAACUUGCCGACCUAUGUGAGAAUCACAUCCACUGCGAGAAUGGCGGCUCGUGCUACUGGGACAGCAACCAUGUACCAAUGUGUCACUGUAUAGCAGGGUACGGUGGGCAUCGAUGUAAAGUUUUCGACCCUUGCGAGAACCACAUCCACUGCCAGAAUGGCGGCUCCUGCCACUAUGACAACGGUCAUGCAGCAAUGUGCCUGUGUCCAGUAGGCUUCACGGGAGAUCAUUGUGAAGGUCAGAGCCCAGCGACGGCGACGACAAGCAAUACAACUAACUCGUUGUCUACAACUACAACUACUGCAAGUAGCCAGACCCAAACAACUCAUGGUUCAAUAUCGACAACUAGAAACCCUGCAUGCUCCAAUUACGAUCCGGUCAGCCAUCCAUGCAAAGACAACUCUGCCUGCUCUUUGCCCCACGUGGAUAGAGUUAUCUGUCCGGACCCGAACGAGGCGCACUACUGUCCGAUCAAAUGUGGUUGCUGUUAACCUGCUGCUCAAACAACGGGCAUGACCCGGAACUGGAGAGACUGUUUCCCUUAAAUUGAGGGCGCACAAGUCCGAUUGCACUUCUAUCAAAGCCUUAAUAAAAGUGAAAAAUAUAAA